UGGACGUUUUCAAGGGUCGAUUGGCAGAAAAUUCUUGGUUGGUCUGCAUGCUCGGUGCGCCACGUUUGCACGGACAUGGUCUUUGCAUGCCGACUGGCUUUGCAGUUGUCUACCUGGAGGUAUGUCUAGAACGGCGGAGCUGCCGCAGACCAUCCAAAAAGGCCAAAGUGGUUCUCGAGCCAAGGGCGGCCAUAGUCUGGCUGUAUUAUCGACACGGAGAAAUGUGCUUUGACGUGGAACGCAGGGCUGGGACUUUGAUGCAUUUCCCGGACCACUCGCCAGCCAGCCGACGUAGACUGUCCGUCAUGAGCAGAUGCCUCAAUACUUCCCAAGAGGCUGGUGAAGAACGGGGGCCUUCUCUAAGCAGGACGGAUAGUCAAAGACUGUGGGACCAUUGUACGUUUGCAGUUGUGAUUUUCACCCGAGCUGUGCCAUCACGAACGGAAAAACUGGAGUGCGGCUGCAAGGGAGGUGGGGGAAAAGUGAAAGAGGAUCAGCAACCCCGAAAAACCUGUGUGAUCGAUGCGAGGUUGCGAGAUCAGAUCUGGUCGUCGCAAAGCUUGUGCUGGAGACACCAAACAGCCUGGCCCAGGUGCAAAGGGAAGUACUGUAGGGUGGACAUACGUCGGGCGUGGAGCCGUGCCGAAUAAAGCACGGGAAUAGGUGUCAGAAUUUCCUGGCAGCAUACAACAGCAAAAUAUAUUGGAGCAGCAGCUUCAACACCUC